GCCGAAGCGGCCCGCUUGUGUUCCCGGAAGUAGCAGCUUGUGGGGCGUGUGGGAGAGAGAGGGGACAGUCGAGAGGAGUGCCGUAGCCAUGGAACGAAGAAGGAAGAAGGCCCUUUAGCCUCGGGAUGCUGGGAGGCCGGAUGAGAGCCGCGGUGUGGGUGGUGAGCAGGAGGAGGGCGGCCUCUUUCCUUCAGCGGGAGUCGGGCUCUCUUCUCCUUGGCGGCGCUCGACGGCGCGGCGUCACGGUCUGGCCCGUCACGCGCCGUUGCCUAGGAGACGGGAAGCACGCGGGCUCCCUCGCGCCGCUGGGAGCCCAUGGCGCGAGCGCAGUCGGGGCGCGCGACCCUUUCCCGGGAGCCCGGAGUGCGCGUGCGCCGGGGCCGCGCUUCCUCAGUCGGGCCGUCGAAGGGCGAGAUGUAAACAUUUCUGCAUCACCUAUACAGUCCGAAAGCACCAAAGGUAGUUUUUCUCUGUCUGGAAGCAGAAAGCUUUAUUUUGACACUCAUGCCCUCGUGUGCCUCCUGGAAGCAAAUGGAUUCACUACACAGCAGUCUGAAGUCAUUGUUUCAGCUUUAAUGAACAUUAUGAAGAGCAACAUGGAUGUGAUAUACAAGGACAUGCUCACAAAAAUACAACAGGAAAUAGCUCUUCAACAGAUAAUGUCUCGUAUUGGUGUUGUGAAAAAAGAUAUGAUUAUUUUAGAGAAAAGUGAAUUUUCAGCGCUCCGAGCAGAAAAUGAGAAAAUAAAACUUGAACUUCAGCAGCUGAAAAAGCAAGUAAUGGAUGAAACUUCCAAAGUACGCACUGACAGCAAGUUAGAUUUCAAUCUAGAAAAAAGCAGAGUGAAAGAAUUGUUUUCACUUAAUGAGAGAAAAUUUUUGAAAAUGAGAACAGAAAUCGUGGAAUUGCAUGCACAUCAAGAUCGGGCUUUAACGCAAACAGACAGGAAAAUAGACACUGAAGUUGCAGGUCUGAAAACAAUGCUUGAAUCGCACAAACUUGACAACAUUAAAUAUUUAGCAGGUUCAGUAUUUACAUGCCUUACGGUAGCACUGGGAUUUUACCGCUUAUGGGUAUAACAGAGGGUCUCUUUUGAAGCAACUUGUACCAUCUUGCCUUAGGAAAAAGACACAUUAUCGCCUAUCUGAAAAUAAUGUAGCCUUUACUUCAAACAAUUGCUGCCAUUGUAUUUAUUUCUUAAACUAUAGAAUGUAACCAAAGAAUGUGUCUGGAAAUAAAUACACGAAUCAGUAUGUUAACUGAAACCAUAUUUUGCACUGCUUUGCCCACCCACCUAAUAUAUACACGUUUCUAGGCUCAGUUCUGAGGUUUGCAUAUUGCUGAAUGUGUCCUAGCGUCAUGAUGCCAAAUUAGUGGAGUUUCUGUUUAGUUGUUACUUACCAAGUUCUAAGAAAAAAGUGAGCAGUAAGUGAAAGGAAAGGAAGGGACAUCCUUAACCAUCAUGUAAUUUGGUUCCUAUUCUGUAGGAAAUUUUUAAAUUACAAUGUAUAUAUAUCCUUAUGAGUUGUUAAAAGUUCCUGUAAAGUCUGUCAUUGCAUUUUAAUAGAUAAUUAUGCUUUUAUUGUGGCCUACCUUGUCAGUGUCUAUUCAGCUAAUGUUUUAUGAGUGGAGGUUGUAGACAGUUAACAUUGAAAGGUAAAUGCCAAAUGAAAAGUAGAAUGAAAACCAUAUCUUAGGUGCUAUUUUGAGAUAGAUAGAUAGAUAGAUAGAUAGAUAGAUAGAUAGAUAGAUAGAUAGAUAGAUAGAUAGAUAAUAAAGGAAAAAGUCUCAAUGGGUUGCAUUACAGAAGGGAACUGCCAUGGGUUAAAUGGCUGUAUAUUGGAUGCUAUUGUAGAUUAAGAGCAACAGAGUGUAAUAAGUAGGGAUCUAUAUCAGCUCCCCUGAAUGUUGGACAGCUUCACAACCUUCCCCCCUGCUCCCCAAAUUCUCAGGAAGAGGCAAUAAUUAAGUAGGCAUAUCCUCAUAAGUAUCUAGGAGGCAUCAUUGUUCACUUGAGGCCACUUCCAGGAGCCUCUUGGUCUUUUCAGACAUAUCAGGGGCCUUUUCUGAAAACUCAAAAUGGCUUUUUGUUACUUCAGAUUGUGAACAAAAACUCUUAGGUUAUAGAAGUAGGUUGGGACUUGGCCCCUUCCCUGUUGUAAAGCAUGUAAGAGGACAACGGUGCAGGUCUCCAUAAAUCGGCUCAAAAGCAAAGGGAGCUUACUGUCAGGCAUGUCGGCAAAAGACUUCAAUGCAUAUAGAUAUGCCUGGUAAUGUUGGGCUAGCAAUAACGUUCAACAACAAACUAAGCUUAAAUGCAGCCCAGUUGUGGGAAAUCUCUCUGAAAUUGUAUUGAAAUGUUUGGAAUUAUUUACUGUUUAUUACUUUCUAAUAACUCCAGUGCAGAGAAAUCCCACAAUGAAGAUGGGCUUCUCUAGAAUAAUUUGGUUUGUUGCUACUAUCAAUACAAUUUAACAUUGUAGAGCAAUAAAAAUAUUUGAGGGAUUUAUUGAAUAAUAUGGAAGAUAAGCAUAACCACAAAGCUAUCACUAAAUAGUCUGAUCUUGUUUUUGUUGGUGCAGAUAUGCUGAAUAAAUAACUAUUUUUGAAAUAUUUUGUAACUCCAGCUCCAAACCUCUUCAUAUGUAAGCUGCUGAAUUUCAGCUGAUGUGCUUGUACAUCUAUAAAUGUAUGUGUCUAAUAUGAAUUAGCGGCAAAAUGUUUUCUAAAGAAAUACAAUCAAGUUGCAUUAAAUUAUUGUCUAUUGGCUGGACUUAGGCCUAUUAUCAUCCAUAAAGUGGUUUAAAAUGGGAUUACAUUGAUUUCAGUGGGAUAUGCUUAAGGCUCAUGGAAGCUUAGGAAUGCAGUUUGGCUUGCUUAGAAGCCCUGAGCUUAGGCUGUGCUCCAGUCAUCACUGGGCUGUCCUCCUUAGAUUUGCAUAUGAGUAAAUAAGCCAAAAGAUUGGUACCAUACAAAGAUUAAAUCUGAAAUGUCCACACUGUUUGGAAAUGAAAUGCUAUUCAAAAUAUUUUGCUAGGAGCUGUCACUCUGAAUUUAGCCACUUCACUAGGCUGGAUCCAAAUGUAAUCAUACUUACAUUCCAUUAAUUUUAGUCCAUCUCUUUUAAGUAUGAUUAACAGCUGGCAUCCAAUGUGACCUCUGAAUUAAAUACUAGCUCUGCAACCAUUUCCGUAAUCUCAGAAAGCCCCGGAAACCCUGCUUCCAACUUAAACGCAGUUCUUACAUUACACCUUCAGUAAUCCUUAUUCAAAAUCCAAAAUACUCCAAAAUUGUCAACAUGAGUGGCUGAGAUCAUGUCAUUUUUGCUCUCUGGUGGUUCAAUGCUUCAUGCACAAAAUAAUGUUAUAUAAAACUAGCUUCAAGUUAUGUGUAUAAGGUAUCUAUGAAACAUAAGUGAAUGUCAUGUUUGUUGACUUGGGUCCCAUCUCCCAAGAUAUCUCAUUAUGGACAUAUAUGCAAAUACAGGUAUUCUAAAACACUUCUAGUCCCAAUAAUUUUGGAUAAGGGAUACUCAGCCUGUAUUUGUAUUGCCAGUUAGCACCCUGCAAAUUUAUUUGUUUUUUUAAAAAAAUAAAAAGGAAAUAUAUUAAUUUUAAUCCUAAAUUUGCAUACUCACAAGCACUAAGAUCAAUUUAUACUUACUGUACUUAUUAUCUGAGAAUGUAACUCUGUUCACAUUCCUGACAGAGUGGAAAAAGCAAGAUUUUCAGCACUGUCAAAUUAUAAUGGAGUCUCGUUUGGAAGGUGGGGAGAAUUGGUGGGCAGGGAAAAAGAUAGCUGCUCAUAUUUGGGUUGCCUUAUGUUUAUUAAAAUGCUGCAUGUAGUCUGUUUCCUUCUGAAAAGAUUGCCUGUAACCUUAAGUAAGUGUUACUGUUCUGGGUGUAAGCCAAGGGGUAGAUUUAGGACCACAUAAAUGGCUUCACUGACAUUUAUUUAAUGGGGUCCUCAGUUUUUCCCUCCUUUGUGCACCCCUUUUUGCAUCUGGCCUUCAAUAGAUGCCAAAGCACUGCUCUCCCCAUUAUGUUAUUUUCUCUUGUCCAGACGAUGAAUUUAUGCUGCUAUUUUAUAUUUUAAUUCUUGAACUACCUUGAAUUACAUUCAAGUUUCUAGCCUCCUAAUCCUGAAUUACUGUGGUGGUAAAAGGCUUUUGUGUGAAAGCCAUCAGUAAAGCUAUUUUGAAUGAUUUGAACCAAUGCAUUUCUGGGAUUGUAUUACAUAUACAUAUAUAUAUAGGCUGAUGACGCAGGUUCACUUAAUAUCAGAAUUAUUCCUAUGUGAAAUAAAUUAUUCUACUCAAAAAAAUAAAUGAUUCAGGAUGAAA